UUUACUCCAUUUGCUCGAAUAGUGUUUAAAUUCGACUGCAAAAGACAAUACAAUUAUUGCAUCUAACGGUAUCACACCAUAUGUUCCAUCGACAUACACAGAUUCAACUUAAAAUUUAAUUUGACAUUCAUGACAUAAUGCCCGCAAGGUAUACUGGUAGUUAUCUCCCAUGCCCGGUGUUGAACUUCCGGUACAAAUUGCAUGCGAAGUACUUUUUAAUUUUCAAGAUUCUCUACAAUAUGGCAGCCUUAUUUUCGAGAAAGUUAUGUGCCCUGAAAUAUCACCAACCUCAUAACUUCAAUUUUUCAGAUGAAAAUGAAUUACGCAAUCUUGUUGUUUGGCUUGAAGACCAGAAAAUCCGUCAUUACAAAAUAGAGGACCGUGCUGGGCUACGAAACACAGCUUCCCCAGAAUGGUUAAAGGCAUAUGAAAAGUAUACACGAGACCUGGGAUGUCCAUAUCAAGUGUCAGAGAAGGCUGCUGUUGUAGACUGGUUGCUAGGUUACGCUGUACGGCUGGAUUUCGGAGAUGAAGUGGAAAAAUACAAGACAAUUAAACCCAACACCUUGAAGUCCUCUAGUGCAGCAGCACCACCCACCAGUCAGUCCUCUAACCCUCUGGACAGUCUGGACUUCAAUGACCCCGACUUCAAGGCCGGGGUGACUUCACUUGCUAUGAUGCUUCAGAUUCCACCCUAUCAAGACCACCUAGAACAACUUAAGGCUAUCUGUAUUUUAGUGAAAGAAAAACUAUCCAAGGAGAUCUUAGAGAAGAAAAAGCCAGCUAAUCCUAAUGAGGUUAUUCCUAUAGACAAGACAGAACUUGGUUUUGAUACUGGCGAUUAUAUAAUUAACGAGGCAGCCAAAAUAUUACGUCUCUUGCAUAUAAAAGACUUACGUGAACUUCAAUCGAACAUUAACCAUGCUAUUGUGGCAGUACAGGAGUUAAUUGCAAAUCCCAAAACCGCUAUACCCCGUGAUAGCAAGUUUGCUCGCAGACGAUGAAUAGUGUUUAAGUUAAAAGUGCAACUUUGUGACCGGCAAUAUAUAUGUGUAUGGCAUUUAAUUUGAGUUGUGAUCGGAUCCACAUGUAAACAUAUAAAUAUUUAAUAAUG